AUGUUGAUGUCAUUACAGGGAGAAGGAACUGCACCUGAUGAUAUCACAUUUGUAGGGCUUAUCCUGGCAUGCACGCAUGGUGGCUUCGUCACUAAAGGCUGGCAACUUUUUCAAUCAAUGAAGACAAACUUCCGUAUUGUUCCCAAAUUGGAGCAUUAUGGCUGCGUGGUUGAUCUCCUAGGGCGUGCUGGUAAACUGCGAGAAGCUUAUGAUCUCAUUAAAAGUAUGCCAAUGGAACCAGAUUCUGUAAUAUGGGGAGCACUACUCGGUGCUUGCAGUUUUCAUAAUAAUGUUGAGUUUGCUGAAAUAGCAGCUGAGUCUCUGUUUAAACUUGAGCCUUGGAAUCCGGGAAAUUAUGUAAUUCUUUGCAAUAUAUAUGCAUCAGCACGGCAGUGGGAUGGGGUUGUGAAGCUUAGAAAGCUUAUGAAGGGUGGCCAGAUCACGAAGGCAGCAGGAUAUAGUGUUAUUGAAGGAGAAGGUGGCAUCCAUAAGUUCUUUGCGGAGGAUAAGUCACAUCCAAGACAUUAUGAUAUAUUUGCGUUGUUGAACGAAAUUUCGACAAAGAUGAAGUUACAAAUAACUGAGGAUGAUUUUGAAUCUGAACUUGAAGAGUUGUGCUUAAUGGAAGAGAUGUGA